AAGGAGCUCGUUCAUACCGCAGAGUUUCUGCAUCUCUUCAUUCAGCACGAGCUGCAGCAGCAGAGAGAGAGAGUGUGUGUGUACGAGAGAGAGAGAUAAAACGCAGUAAUGUCCGAGACGCGCAAGAGGAGCCGGAAGCGCUUCGGCGGGCACGCACACAAAAAACAGAAGGGCUGCCGCGAGCUGGAGGUGGGCGCGCAGGGGGUGCUCAUCACCUGCAACAUGAACGAGCGCAAGUGCACGAGCGAAGCCUUCAGCCUGCUCAACGAGUACGCGGACGCGCUCUACGGCCCCGAGCAGCCCGCAGACACACAGGACAGUCGCAGUGAGGAUGAGGAGGAGGAUGAAGAUGCUGAAGCUGCUCUGAAGAAGGAAGUGUCUCAGAUACAGUCGUCCAUGAAGACACAUCAGCAGAGGUUCACUGCGGUGGACAGUGGAGCCAAUAACGUGGUGUUCAUUCGCACUCAUGGAGUCGACCCAGAGCAGCUGGUCCAUCACAUCCUGUCAGACCUCCAUCAGACGAAGAAGAGGAAGUCGCGUGUGAUCCUGCGCAUGCUGCCGGUCAGUGGCACGUGUAAAGCGUUUCCCGAGGACAUGGAGAAGUUCCUGAGUGUGUUUCUGGAGCGCUGGUUCAAAGCACCGCAGCGAGCCACAUAUCAGAUCUGCUUCAAAGCCAGAAACAGCAGCCACAACAAGAGAGAGGAGGUCAUCAAAGAUGUGGCCGGUCUGGUGGGGAAGCUGAAUCCACUGAAUAAGGUGGAUCUGACCAGCCCUGAGCUCUCCAUCAUCGUCGAGAUCAUCAGGACGGUCUGCUGCGUCAGCGUCCUCAAGGACUACACACUCUUCCGCAAGUACAACCUGCAGGAAGUGGCCAAGGAGCCGGCCAAUCAGAGCACAGGCCCGCAGGAAGCAGCCAAUCAGACGCAGGAACACGGGGAUGGAGAGAAAGUGGAUGGGAGCCAUGCUGUCUCCACCGGUAACAGGACGAAGGAGGCGGAGCUUGAGUGAAUGUGUGUCACAUGACUGGCUGUUUUUAAAAUCAUUUUUAUACAGUUUGUGAGUUUAGUUUUUUAAGCAGUGAGUUUCACACUGUCCUGUUUCUGUCUUCUGUUUUUUCUUCUGUUUGUUGGGUGACAUGAACCGUUUCUGUUCGUUGUAUGG